CCGCAGCGUCUCCGGAGCCGCAGGCGCAGGCCCAGCCGAGCCGGCCACCGAGCGGGUGCGGGUCCCGGUGCGGGUGUGGGUGCGGGCGCAGCGGCCAUCAACCGCGCGGCUGCGCACCGGCCACCGUGUGCACCGUUCCGGAGACGCCCCGCGAGUGGGGGAGACCGCGCAGCCCGAGGCCAUGCCCCAUGAGAAGAGUUUCCUGGUGUCUGGGGACAACUACCCUCCCCCCAACCCCGGAUAUCCUGGGGGGCCACAGCCCUCCAUGCCCCCCUACCCUGGGGCCCCUUACCCGCAACCCCCUUUCCAGCCUUCUCCGUAUGGCCAGCCAGGGUAUCCCCAGGGCCCCGGCUCCUACCCCCAAGGGGGCUACCCCCAGGGCCCCUAUCCCCAGGACCCCUACCCCCAGGGCCCCUACCCCCAGGGGGGCUACCCCCAGGGGCCGUAUCCACAGAGCCCCUUUCCCCCCAACCCCUAUGGACAACCCCAGGCCUUCCCGACGCAGGACCCUGGCUCACCUCAGCAUGGAAACUAUCAUGAGGAGGGUCCCCCGUCCUACUACGACAACCAGGACUUCCCUGCCAUCAACUGGGAUGACAAGAGCAUCCGCCAGGCCUUCAUCCGGAAGGUGUUCCUCGUGCUGACCCUGCAGCUGUCCGUGACGCUGUCCACUGUGGCUGUGUUCACCUUUGUCGGGGAGCUGCUGUGGAGACUUCCGGCGAAAGCACCCCUGGAACCUCGUGGCACUGUCCAUCCUGACCGUCAGCCUGUCCUACAUGGUGGGUAUGAUCGCCAGCUUCUACAACACGGAGGCGGUCAUCAUGGCCGUGGGCAUCACGACAACCGUCUGCUUCACGGUGGUCAUCUUCUCCAUGCAGACCCGCUACGACUUCACGUCGUGCAUGGGUGUGCUCCUGGUGAGCAUGGUGGUGCUGGUCAUCUUCGCCAUCCUCUGCAUCUUUAUCCGGAACCGCAUCCUGGAGAUCGUGUAUGCCUCGCUGGGCGCCCUGCUCUUCACCUGCUUCCUGGCAGUGGACACCCAGCUGCUGCUGGGCAACAAGCAGCUGUCCCUGAGCCCGGAGGAGUACGUGUUUGCUGCGCUGAACCUGUACACGGACAUCAUCAACAUCUUUCUGUACAUCCUCACCAUCAUCGGCCGCGCCAAGGAGUAGCUCACGCUGGGGGCCCCGCUUGGGUGGCCUGGCUGGCCUGGACCCUGCCCCUGGUGUGGCAGUGCCAUCGUACCUCCCCGCUCUCAUCCCUGGGCACAGCCUGGGACUGAGGGCCCCUCUCCAACCCUCCUGUGUGUACACUGCAGAUACUUCUGUUCGGACCCGCCGUGGCCAGCAUGGCCCCUUCUCGCCCUCCGGCCCUGCCAAAGGGCAGUGGGGCCCGGUUUCCAUGCCACCCCAUGCCCACUCACUGUUGCAUGAGCCCUGUCUGCCAGCCCACCCUAGGGUCUGGGGGCAACACCAGGUCCCAGGGGAGAGGGGCCGAGCCAAGAGGUGAGGGUGCACGUGUCCCCUCCCGUUCCUGCCCCCCAGCCUGGCAUAGAGUACCCAGUCCCCCCCUCCCCUCCCCUGCCCUGGAGUGCUGCCCUCAUUCCUGUGCUGAGCCCCGAGGGCAGAGAGGAUGAGCCUAUUUCAGGGGAGGAGGAGGAGGCCUUCCUCUUGUCUUGCUGUCUAAAAUUCCAAUAAAUGGGACCUUGUGCUCUAC